GAAGCAUUUUCGCAAAAUGAUAAAAAAAAUUAAAAUUGUAAUAUUUGAGGCUUUUGAUUCAGCGUAUUGAUAGAAGGUAAGUAAAGUGAAUAUUUUUUUUUUUUUUUUUCCAGAGGAUCUCAGUUCCAUGCGAAGAUACCGAACUGCGUUUACGAGGGAGCAGCUGGCGCGACUAGAGAAAGAAUUUUGCCGGGAGAACUACGUCUCCAGACCGAGGAGGUGCGAACUGGCGUCCGCGCUUAAUUUACCAGAAUCGACUAUCAAGGUUUGGUUUCAGAAUCGGAGAAUGAAAGACAAACGACAGAGACUGGCUCUUGCUUGGCCGUACGCCGAUCCUCAUUUUGCGGCGUACCUAAUCAACGCUGCGGCUUACUCCGGCUAUCCUCUGCCACCACCUUUCGCCGGGUAUUACGCAGCCACCUCCAUUGCCACGCGCUAUCCACCGGCCGCCACUGCUCCGUAUCUGGCAAGCCCCCACGUCCCUCCGGCAAGAGCUCCUAUACCUCCCCCUCCGCCUCAGCCAUUAGUCACAGCUGGGACAUACGUCAGGAGUGCAGCUGAUGCCCCCCAAUUUACAACUUUUGGAGCACCUUGCGUGGAUCCCUGCCGAUGUCAUCUUGUGGGUUUCCAACCUCGCCCUGUUGUCUCCUCCAGUCCUCCAACACCACCCUUAGCAUCCUCUCAAGAAUCGCCGCGAGCGACCGUCACCACAUCACAGACCUCCCAACAGAGAACAACCCAGUUGUUUCAGCCAUACAAGACAGAUCUAGAAAGACCAUGACUUUGAAGAACUCGCACUUUAUUUUCCUGUGACCCAUUGUACAGCGUUUUAUUACACUUAAGAAGGAAUACAUGCUGAGAAUGUGGAACAAUCGACUAUUAGACUUAGCAAAAGUUGGACUUUCUUGCUGAAUAGAAAAACUAUACAUGAUAAAAGAAAACUGAAUGGCUACUAAAAUCAAAUAGUUAGAGCCAAACAUCAAUGUUUACCGAAAUGGCAUUUUAGUUCCUUCAGCUCACUGGUUUCUUACAAUCUAUUUGUCGCCACAGUAAAUUUGAAAGUUUAAUUACGUGGCGUUUAGAAUUAUCUACCGAAUGUAUAAUAUUUUCUUUAUAGAAUUCUAACCAAGAACGGCAAUUUAUUUUGUGUUUAAAAGUGUACAGUUUAUUUUUAUCUCAUUUGAUAUGCAUUCAUGCUAAGGUUUAUUGUUUCCUAUCCUUGAGAGUUAAUCAAAUUUUUUAAAGGUUAUUUAAUUUUAAGGGUUAUUAAUUUUAUCUAAUCAUUAAAAUUCUUAAAUUUUCGUAAAAUAAGCUAUUGUAUCAUGUAAUUAGAAUGUAUCAUGUAUUGUAUCAUGUAAUUAGAAUACUAUAAAUAAUAAGUAUUCUAAUUACAUGAUUUUUUAUAGUUCGAAUUCAUUGAAAACUCCGAGAAACAUCGUAGACUGAGAGUUCUUAGUAUUUAAUAAUUCUGUACUUUUCUGAUAGGAGACAGGAAGAAAAGCGGAAAAAAAAAUUCAGAAUGCCUAUUAAUAAUAUAAUAUAUUAAUAAUAUAUUAAAAAAAUAUACAUUCUUAUACUAUUUAGCAAUCCAAGUCCCAAAGACAGUAGAAGAUUUAUUUUUAUAUAGGAUUACUUUUACUUUGAUCACAAAUAACGGAAAUAAAAUAUUUUUUGCAAGGAAAGCACAAAAAGGGGGACAACAAAAAUAAGUAAGGCAAGCAAUUUUUUUAUAUCAUUUAAUGAGAAGGAAAUAUUUAUUCUAAAAAGGAAAAGCAAAUAUGCAAAAUAUUUCAUUCUUACUCGAGAUGAAAACAAAUAAUGAGUUUAAUUUAAAGCACCUACGAUUAUUGCGCAUAAUUUCCGUUCGCAUAUAUUUGUCAGUUUUUAGAGAAAUUUAAAUACAUUUUAAAUCUUAAAUGAGCUUAUCGAACAUAAUGUACUAAUUGGAAAAACUUAACAAUCCUACAAUUGAUUCUUUCUUAAUAUCAUUUGAAACUUCAUACGCAUAGAAGCAAUUAACCUUUAGUUGAAGUGCUAUUUUCAAAGCAAACUAGCAGUAUUUUGAAUAAUUUUGCUCUAUUUGUAUAUUCUUAAAAUUUUAUUUGAUUUGUAUAUGCAAUUAUUAUUAUUAUUUAUUCAAAUUUUCACAAAUAUUUGAAAAUGAUUCAUGGCAUUAAAUGAAAAUGUCUAUACUAGUCAUACCAUGAUUUUCUUGAACGUUGCGUGUUGCUUACAGGAGUUUCGUUCAUAUGAUAAAGAAUAUUCUAAAUUCUUUAUAAACUUUUUUUCUCGGAUGUGAACACGUUCUAAGAGAGAUAGUAGCAAUGUUAAUUUAUUUAGAAGCAGAGGUUACGCCAUCUAUCGAACAUUAGAAAUACCAUUAUCUAGUAAAUCAAAGGUAGAGUUUUGAUAGGUGAAUAAAGAAUGAAGUAAAGUACAUACGUAUGAGGAAAAUAGACAUAAAUAUAAAAAAGUAAUAAACUAUUAUAAAGAAUAGUUAAAAACCACUAUUUUUUAAAAUAAUAAUGGAUUGAUUUGAACUUAAAGAUUUAUUAACUAAAAGUUUUAAUUUGACUUUAAAGAACAAUUUGAGCUUUAAAGAAAGAAACUUAAUAAAAAAUAUUUUUCGUUUGUACAGAUGAAAAUCUAUAACCUUUUUUUUUACAUCAUUCUUAUGUAGAUUUAAACAAUCUGCUGAUCAUAAUCUUUAAUUACUCAUUUAGAAUUAUUUUCAUUCAGUUCACAUCGAGAAAAUGCUUGCAACGAAUAUUGUUUGGUUUCAUAUAAGAGUUAAUUCAAUUGGUUUUAAAUAUUCGCAGAAACUCUUAAGCAAACGUUUAAAAUGUGAAGAAACUCCUGUAAACUGAUCCACUAUUGUUGUUUGUAAAUAAUGUAAAUUUGUACGGUACCUUUUUCAGUGUUCAGCACAGAAAUAAAAGAAGAUUUAAUAAAAUUUUCACACCCUCA